AUGAAUAAUCCAUUAGACGAAAUUUUUGAUGUUUUUUAUAACAUAUUUACUAAUCCUGAUAAAUCCGCUUUAGAAAAGGAGGUCAAAAGAACUUUUACUCCCGAUCUUGAAUUUAAGCAUUUUUUAGCAUUUGUUCCAGCUGGAAUUGGAUCCAGAGAAAUAAUCAUUUCCCAUUAUAAAUUCUUCCGAGGAGUUUACCAUAGUAAUAUUUUAGAUAUCCAUGAAAAAUAUAAGUUUUCUCCAUUUAGCCUUUCUUCUUCACCGACAAUUGAGUAA